GCGACUCUCGGCUCUUCCAACAUUUGACAAUGAAGGAAGAAAUUCAGCGACUGCUGGUGCAGUUCAAGGAUGAGGGUGGGGUGGUCCUGGGGUCACCUUUCGAUGUCCCCAUUGAUAUAACACCAGACAAACUGCAGCUUGUGUGCAAGGUUCUGCUGCCCAAGGAUGAUCCAUUGCCUUUGGCUUUUUACAUGAAUGAGUCUGAAAUAGCCACCUCGCUGGAGAAGAAACUGCAAGAUCAGCAAGUGGAGGCAGAAAAGGUUAUUGACAUAAUUUAUCAGCCCCAAGCAGUGUUUCGAGUUCGGGCAGUGAUACGAUGCACACGUUCUUUGGAAGGACAUACUGAAGCUGUCAUUUCUGUUUCUUUUAGACCCUCCAUAAGGUAUCCAGCAAGUGGAUCAGGAGACACCACGGUGUGGUUCUGGGAUCUGAUGACAGAAACGCCACAUUUUACAGCCAAAGAUUACAAGCACUGGGUAUUGAGCAUAGCUUGGUCUCCUGAUGGCAAGAAGCUGGCAUCUGUGUGCAAGAACAGUCAGAUAUUCAUAUGGCAUCCCAGAACAGGGAAACAUAUCGGGAAGGUUUUGACUGGACAUUCCAAGUGGAUCACGCAUCUCUGCUAGAAGCCACUACAUGUGAAUCCGCAGUGUGAUUACCUGGCUAGUGCAUCAAUGGACGGCAGUAUUCGGAUAUGGGGCACACUGCUGGGACGUUGUGAUUAAAUCCUGACUAGCCAUACUCAGUCAGUAACCUGUGUAAAAUGGGGUGGUGACAGUCUCCUCUAUUCUUCAUCACAAGCCAGGACCAUAAAGGUGUGGCGGGCUGAAGAUGGGGUCAUGUGCAGAACGCUGCAGAGCCAUGCACAUUGGGUAAAUACAAUGGCACUCAGUACAGACUAUGUCCUGCGAACUGGAGCUUUUGAACCAGCUGAAGCAACCAUCGUUCACCGGGACAGGAAUGACACUUUGGAAGAACUGAAGCACAAAGCUUUCCAAAGAUCUGAGCA